CUGAAACUAACUUCAUCUCCUCCAGCUGCUGCUCCCAACGACAGAGAGGUUUGUCGGAGAAGUGAUGGAUAUCAUGGACCCGGAUCAGCAUCAGGACCCGGAGCAGAACCAGAACCAGGACUCUGAGCAGAACCAGGACCCGAACCACAACCAGGACCCGGAGCAGGAAGAUGGAAGCCAAAAGAACCCCAAAAAUCACUCCUGUCUUCACUGUGGAAAAGUCUUCAGCACUUCAUCAAAUUUAAAGAGACAUCAGAGGACUCACACGGGAGAGAAGCCGUACAGCUGUGAUCAGUGUUGGGCAGCUUUUAACCAGCUGGAUAAUCUAAAGAAACACCAACGUAUCCACACCGGGGAGAAACCCUACAAGUGUGAUUUGUGUGGGGCAACUUUUACCCAACCGGGUAGUCUGAAGAUACACCUACGCAUUCAUACGGGAGAAAAGCCCUACAACUGUGAAUUUUGUGGGGCAGCUUUUACCCAACCUGGUAAUCUGAGGGCACAUCAACGUAUUCACACUGGAGAGAAACCCUACAGCUGUGACCUGUGUGAAGCUGCUUUUACAUCAUCAGAUAAUUUAAAAGUGCACCAACGUGUACAUACUGGAGAGAAGCCCUACAGUUGUAAUUUUUGUGGUCUUGCUUUCACCCAGCCAGGUAGUCUAACAAUACAUCUACGUAUUCACACCGGAGAGAAGCCGUAUAGUUGUGAGCAGUGUGAGGCAGCUUUCACCUCAUCAGGCUAUCUCAGGAGACAUCAACUUAUCCACAGUGGCGAGAAGCCGUACAUCUGCGAUCAGUGUGGAGCUGCUUUUGCCUCAUCGGGUUAUCUGAGGAAACACCAACAUAUACAUACUGGAGAGAAGCCAUACAGCUGUGACCAAUGUGGCGCAAGUUUCACAGAAUCAGGGAAUCUAAAAAAGCACCAACGUAUUCAUACUGGAGAGAAAGUGCAUAGCUGUGAAGAGUGUGGCUCACAUUUCACCUCAUCCAGUGAUCUGAAAAGACAUAGACGUAUUCAUACUGGAGAAAAACCGUACAGGUGUGAUCAGUGUGAAGCAGCUUUCACGACGUCGCAUCAGUUACGACGACACCAGUUUGGUCACACUGGAAGGAAACAGUGCUGGUGUCUGGAAUGUGGGAAGGGUUUUAUGUGUGCAUCAAACCUUAGAAAACAUCAGCAGCUGCAUACAGGAUGAAGGCUGUAUCACUGAGCCAGAGAAGAGAACAUUCAGCUGCUGUCCUCCUGACAAGACUGUGAAAUUUGUAUUAUUAGUUCCAUGACAAGUAUAAUUAGGCAACUGUUGACAUCUCUACAGCUAAAAAACAGGCACUUCUGAACAAUAGAAAUGUAUUUUCAAAUAUUUUAUUUCUGCAACACUUGCACAAACAUGAAACCAGUUUAGAUUGAGAUUGUGACAUCCACUUCCGGAGGAUUUCAUUAUCCCUGAUGUCCACGCAGAACCAGAGAAAGAGACACUGCACAGCCUACAUAAGAAUCUUCCUUGUUAAGUGUAUAUCUGUUGAGUGUAGAAAUGUCUAAGAUGUUAUUAAAAUAAAACAACUUUAAUGACGCCGAUGAAGAGGCCCUACAACAAAAGGGGCAAAAUAAAGUAAGCUAUUCAUCAUGACAAAAACACACUAUAAGCUGUCAUAUAUAAAUAUAACUAAUGAGUAGACAGGUAAGAAGUAGAACAGCUACCGUAGAUGACCAAAUAGUCGCCCGCGCGCAAAUACGCGCCUGUGCUCUAAUAGCCGCCGGGGUCCGAGCCCAUUUGACAUAAUAAACGCCGGUUCAAUUAAACGCCCGGGCGACUACCGGUAAUAACCUGGUAAUAACACUGUAUUUGCAUUGUAUUGUGUACAGUAUCGUUCAUACUGCUCUGAUCAGCUCUGAUCAGCUCCAGUUCAUCAGUUAUGGGGAUUCUUUAUUAUUUAUAAUUUUAUUUUUUUAUAUAUUAAAAUCCCAAAAUAUCUGUACCGUUUCUGAUUGGGUGUGUGCACUGCGAAUCAUUUUUAGACACAACAAAGAACGCGUACCGCAAAAGUUGUGUCUCGGCGGAGGAACCCGGCGUCCCAGCAAAAUGAGAAGAGAAAAAAGAGGUUUUCUGAAGAGCAGACAGCGCACACUGAAGGCUGAUUUAUGGUUCCGCGUUACACCAACGCAGAGCCUACGGCGUAGGGUACGCGGCGACCUGCACCGUACGUGGAAAUACGCUCUUUUUUUUGCUAUUAAAACAUGAUUUGUAAUGUGAAUUUGCAAAACUUAAACUACAAAUAAUAGUUUUUGACGUAACAUCAGAGAUUGCGCAUGCUCUCUGUGAAAGGAUGAGGCAAAUCGGGUCGUAGCUGCUUCAACUGUGAUUCCUUCACGAGGAGCGACCAGGAUUUCAAACACGCUUGAUUUUCUUGCGACCUCACGAUUCGUGAUCGGGAGCUCUUCGUGAGGUGUUGUGUUGUGUACAGUGUGUACAAUUUUAGUUCCAGUGGUACUAUGGUGAUCUCAUAUGUUCUUUGUAAGUAAUGGUCUGGUGCUGCUCAUUGCAAAAAUAAAUUGUAGCCUGGUGCAAAUACCCGCCUGGUUCUUAUAAACGCCUGGGGUCCUAGUGGAUUUAGCAUAUUAAACGCCCGGGCUAUUAAAUGGUCAUCUACGGUAUAUAAACUGCCUUAUAUAACAUCCGAUCAGCAACAGUCUGACAGCUUCUCUGCUGUCAGUUAACCAUCUACUGUUGCUUUGGAAACAAGCUGUGGAGUCAAAAGUUAUGUCUUACAUUUGCUGUUGUGUGACAAAAUGUUGUAUUUGAGAGCAAUAAAUGCUGGU